UGGUUUUAAUUUGGCGACACUGACGUUUGGGAAUAUUAUUGUAUUGAUUUUUUGCAUGUUUGUUGGAGAUGUUGAAUUUGCUUGUGAUAAGUAAUUAAUCAAUACACUGCCACACUGGACAUUGAACCCAGCAUCUACCCGCUUAAAAUUGAAUCAUUUUAUUUAAUAUUUAUUGGUUACUUAUCUUGUUUGACAUUAAACACUAAACAGUAACCCUAUAAGAUGGCUAGACAUCAUCCAGACUUGAUAUUUUGUCGUAAGCAACCCGGCGUUGCUAUAGGACGGUUAUGUGAUAAAUGCGAUGGUAAAUGUGUUAUUUGUGACUCAUACGUCAGACCAUGUACACUGGUACGCAUUUGCGAAGAGUGCAAUUAUGGCUCAUAUCAGGGUCGGUGUGUUACAUGCGGUGGACCUGGAAUUUCGGAUGCUUAUUAUUGUAAGGAAUGUACAAUUCAAGAAAAAGAUAGAGAUGGGUGUCCGAAAAUUGUAAAUUUGGGAACUGCAAAAACAGAUCUAUUUUACGAACGGAAAAAAUAUGGGUUCAAAGGAUUCAAAGUUAGUAAAAAUGUUAAUGAGUACUCUUGAGAAGUUCUUUGAACAAUUUGCCUCCUAUGCCGUUCAGAUCCCAGGACGUCACUGACACUACAAAGUAAAAAUUGUGCCAUAUACCUCUAAUCCCAUAAUUUAUAAAAAAAAAUAGCUUUUCGUUUAUAGUUCUUUUCAUAUUGUAUAAUAUGAAGUUGUCCAUAAUCUUGUAAGAUUGUUUAUCUUAAGAUAAAUGCAGGCUGAUUUAAUUAUUGUUCUAUAUUAUAACUGUCUAUACCAUAUUGCCUUUUGAGUGUAUUAUGUUUUUAACAUAAAAAGAAAUAAAUAAAAUAAAAUGGUAUUAUAUUUUUUUUUACAUUUAUGUCUG